CGAAUGAGGUGGGAGUGUCGCUGGCGUUGGGAGAAUCUGCCAUCAGAGGGACGACUGCUGGCGGCGGCACCGACCCGACUGCCAUGGGAGCGAAUGCCGCUGCUGCCAGCGAUGUGAUGCGGCUGUAUGUGCGAAUGGGGACCGUGAUGCUCCUCGGCUCGCUUGCGCAGCCGCGCAAAGUCCGAUUCGAAUUUGAGCGCUGCGUGUCCGUGGGGACGGUGAUGCCCGAAGUCGCGUCCGCGAGCGAUGUUGGUGUGGCUGAGAAUUCCCCAAAGUCACACCAACAUAGCGUGCCCGAAGUCGCGUCCGCGAGCGGCGGCGGAGGAGGUGCGGUGGACGCGCUGCUGUUGUGGGACGUGUUUUUGGGUGACGCGCUUUUCCAGCGCACGGUGUGCGACGCGGUGCAGCUGUUCGCGUCGCCCGACUGCUCGGGUGCUGCAGCGGCAGAGUACCAAAACACGGUUUACCACACAAGGGACAUGAGUGCAUUCAAGAUGGACACAUCAGUGAAGUCCAUCCGCUGCGUUCUCGACUACAUCUGCAGCCGUGUCAAGUGCCCGGCACACUCCACGUGCAUCAAGACAAACGACAGCAUGGAGGUGGCAUGCCAGUGCGCCCAGGGCUACCGGGAAGUCUACGGCAAAUGCAAGCCCCAAGAACCUUCAACCGAAU